ACCACCACCGCAAGCCCACCCUCGCCAUGCCCGCCUCGCCGCGCCUCGCCGGCGCCGCGGCCGCCAUGCUGCUCCUCGCUCGCCAGGCUGUUGCGCAGCAGGCCGAGCAGGCCGCCGGCACGUCGACGGCCACCGUCGUCUCGUCGCUCAUCCUCAACUCGGCCAUCUUUGGCGUGCAGAUGGCCGCCUUCUUCCUCAUCCGCCCGCGCUUUGCGCGCAUCUACCAGCCCAAGACGAUGCUGGGCCCGCGCGACGAGCGCAUGGCGCCGCUGCCCCGCUCGCUCUUCGGCUGGCUGCCCGCGUUCAUCAAGACGCCGACGAUUGAGAUCAUGCACAAGCAGGGCAUCGACGCGUUCCAGUUCGUCGACUACCUCGAGAUGAUGAUCUGGAUCUUUGUGCCCAUCUGGGCAUUCACGUGGAUCCUGCUCAUGCCGCUCUACUCGGUCGGCACGACGGGCGAGGGCCGCGCCGGCUUCAACCUGUUCAACUUCGGCGCCGUGGGCCCGCCGCGCUCGGAGCAGCUGCGCUACAUCGGCGUGCUCUUUGCGCAGUGGAUCGUCACGUUUUGGAUCCUGUACAACAUCAAGGCGCGCAUGGGCGCCUUCGUGACGCGCCGCCAGCAGUGGCUGCUCUCGCCCGAGUACGCCAGCACGGCGCAGGCCAAGACGGUGCUCAUCACGGGCGUGCCGAACGAGUACCUCUCGGAGCGCAAGCUCGAGGAGAUGUACGGCGUGCUGCCCGGCGGCGUGCACAAGAUCUGGCUCAACCGCAACCUCAAGGAGCUGCCGGACCUGCACGACGAGCGCCUCGCGGCGUGCAACAAGCUCGAGAAGGCCGAGGCCAAGAUGGUCAAGCUCGCGGCCAAGAAGGUGCGCAAGGGCAAGGUCGAGGCCGGCAGCGCCGACCCCGAGAUGAGCCUCAGCGUCGCGGACCGCUACGUGACGCAGAAGGAGCGCCCCUCGCACAAGCUUGGCGCGCUGGGCUGCUUCGGCGAGAAAGUCGACUCGGUGCAGUGGGCGCGCGACGAGAUUGCGCGCCUCAACACGGAGAUCGACGCGCAGCGCCAGAACCUCUCCGACUUUGAGCGCUACCCGCCGCAGAACUCGGCCUUCAUCCUCUUCAACCGCCAGAUCGCCGCGGCGAUGGCCGUCAAGGUGCACGCGCACCACCAGCCGUACCGCAUGGCGCAGCACUACGGCUCGGCGCACCCGCUCGACAUCGUGUGGCCGAACCUCAACAUGAACCCGUACGAGCAGAAGCUGCGCACCGCCAUCUUCUGGGGCGCCACGCUCGGCCUCAUUAUCUUCUGGAUCAUCCCCGUCGGUUUCGUCGGCAUCGUCAGCAACAUCGAGGGCCUCUGCACGCAGGUGGGCUUCCUGGCGUGGAUCUGCCAGAUCCCCACCGAGGUGCGCGGCAUCAUCCAGGGCAUCCUCCCGACGGUGCUGCUCGCCGUGCUCAACUUGCUGCUGCCGAUCAUCCUGCGGCUCUUCGCCCGCCUCUCCGGCGUGCCGACGCGCACGGGCAUCGAGCUGAGCCUCAUGGACCGCUUCUUCCUCUUCCAGCUCAUCAACAACUUCCUCUUCAUCACGAUCAUCAGCGGCGCGUCGUCGGGCAUCGACCAGAUCGUCGACGUGCUGAGCAACCCGCAGGGCCUGCCGUCGCUGCUGGCGCAGUACAUCCCCAAGGCGUCGAUCUUCUUCCUCAGCUACAUCGCGCUGCAGGGCCUCACGGGCGCGGCGUCGGGCUUCCUGCAGAUCGUCGGCCUGGCCAUCUACUACGUCAAGAACUUCCUGCUCAACAGCACGCCGCGCAGCGUGUGGCACAUCCAGCACGACAUGAACGCGCCCAACUUCGGCACGCUCUUCCCCACGACGAGCCUGCUCUCGGUCAUCGCCAUCGGCUACAUGGUCAUCGCGCCCAUCACGGCUGGCUUCGCGUCCGUCAGCUUCAUCCUCUUCUUCUUCCUCUACAAGUACCUCUACCUCUACGUGUACGACGUCAAGCCGUGGAACGAGACGGGCGGCCUCUUCUUCCCCAAGGCGUGCUGGCAGCUCUUCUACGCGCUGUACCUCGAGAUGGUCAUCCUCACGGUGCUCUUCUUCGUCGCGCAGGACAGCAACGGCAACCUCUCGUCGAUCCCGCAGGGCGCCUUCAUGAUCAUCCUCAUCGUCAUCGUCGCCGGCGUGCACUACACGCUGGCCAACUCGUACACCGACCUCUUCACGGCGUAUCCGCUCUCGAUUGCGCCGUCGGGCGCUCAGGAGGCGGCCAUGCUGGAGGAGCACGGCUCGUCGCCCGACGAGAAGAAGCAGUCGCUGCAGCAGCAGCAACAGCAGCAGCCGCCGUACGGCAACGGCCAGCACGGGCGCAACGACCAGUCGAUGGAGAUGCACGAGAGCCGCACGGCGCUCGUGCGCGAGGGCAACCAGGAGGAGGACCCGGCGCUGGCGUUCCAGCACCCGGCCACCAAGGAGCCGCAGCGCACGCUCUGGUUCCCCAACGACACGCUCGGCCUCGGCAACGCCGCCGUCGCCGGCGCGCAGAAGCAGGGUCUCGAGGCGACGAACCGCGACACGUCGGUCAGCGAGAAGGGCCGCAUCGACACGGACGCCCACGUGCCGCCGGGCGAGGUGCUCCUGUAGACGGCGAGAGCGCGAGCAUGUGCGACUGCAAUAUUCCCGGCCAGUCGUGCGGGUCGGCCUGUAGAGCCCGAGCGCGCGACGCGGCCACCCCAUUCCCAUACCAUCCUUGUCCUUCUCCUCCUCCCGCCCAGCGACUCCUCGCUGCUUCGUCUCCCGUUCUCCCCUCCUCGAGCUGCUCCGCCGCUGCUCCCAGCGCCCAGCUGUCACACCUUCCUUGUUGCUCGUCUCUAUUACGGAGCCGUCUGAAGAAGAAAUCAAAUCGCAGUCCUUGCU